AAAUAUUUGUUCGUCCAUGAUUCAGUUUCUUGGCUCAACAGAAAGCUCAUUAAAUAUAUUUGUUUUAACUUUUAUAGCAACUGUAAAAAGAAAAUUGUGUAGAGGCGGAGACCUGCGUCUGCUCGGACACUUCUGCUGUUGAGGAGCACCUUAUGUCACAACUGGACUGUUAAAGUGUCAACCAGGUGUAAUUAUGCAGGACUACGCAAACGCAGUGAAGGAGUUUGUAGAGGACCACUAUACAGGUGUCACAUUUGUCCUAAUUACAGGUGUCGGUCUGUUUGGAUUCAGGAGAUGGCUGGCCGGUGGAGUCUGCAGGAGCAAAGCCCGUCUGGAUGGAAAAACAGUUCUCAUUACCGGAGGCAACACUGGGAUCGGUAAAGAGACAGCGGUGGACAUGGCCAAGAGAGGUGCAAGGGUGAUCCUGGCCUGCAGAGACAUGAGUAGAGCACACAAAGCUGCAGAGGAGAUUAGGAAGAGGAGUGGAAAUGAGAAUGUGACUGUGAAAAUGCUGGAUCUGGCCUCUUUGCAGUCUGUCCGAGAUCUGGUCAAAGAUGUACAGCAGUCUGAACAAAGACUGGAUAUCCUCAUUAAUAAUGCUGGGGUAAUGAUGUGCCCAAAGUGGCAUACAGAUGAAGGUUUUGAGAUGCAGAUUGGAGUAAACCACUUGGGCCACUUCCUGCUUACAAACUUGCUUCUGGACCUGUUGAAGAAGUCAGCACCCAGUCGUAUUGUCAAUGUGGCUAGCGUGGCCCAUGAGAGAGGCAAGAUUAACUUUAAUGACAUAAACAUGGAUAAAGACUAUGAUCCAUACCAGAGCUAUUAUCGGAGUAAACUGGCUAAUGUUCUGUUUACCCGUGAACUAGCUAUCAAGCUAAGAGACACAGGAGUGACCACUUAUGCUCUCCAUCCUGGCGUAAUCCGUACUGAGCUUGGACGACACGUUUUCUCCAAUCUGUGGAGGAAGCUCAUAAUCCUUCCCUUUUAUUUCUUCUUCAAAAACCCUUGGCAGGGAGCUCAGACUACUAUCUACUGCGCAGUGGACGAGAGUCUAAAGCACAGCAGUGGUCUUUACUACAGUGAUUGUGCACCUAAAGAGACUGCUCCUCAGGGCAGGGAUGAUGUUGCGGCCCGCAGACUGUGGGAUCUCAGUGCUUCCAUGGUGGGCCUGGCUUAAGACAGCACCAAAUCACUCUCAUUUAAAAAAAAGAAAAGUGUCACCUUUUAAUGGCUAAUUUUCACAUUCCAAGUUUUCACACCAGCACUUAUUCUUACUUUAUAUAAAGUACAAAGAGCCGGGUUGAAUGUUUCAGCAUGCAGGAUGACGUAUCAGAGAAUUAACCAAAAUGCCUAUGCAAUAAAAUUGCAACUCGACGUGUGAAUGUAUACGUUAAAUAAUUAGUGAGAUUUUAUAUACUGCAAUGCUAUUAGUCAAUGCGUAGCUUUACAAAUUAGACAUUUGAUCUAACUUUUAAUUAAAAGUCAUUUGUGUUAUUUGAUACAGUGUAUCAAAAGAAGAAUUUUAGUGUAAAAUCAGGUUUUACAAAGUCUUUUUUUAAAUGCUCAAAUUAAUUUAAUUGCUAUUCUGUAUAAAAUGUGCCCCAAUUUUUACAAAAUGCUGUAGCAUGACAUCUGGAAUAAAAUUUUUAUUUUUAAUGCCAA